AUGUGUGUCACUGUUUUAAUAUGUGAGGAGACGGGAUUGGGCACAGAUGAGGAUACUCUGGUUGAGAUUCUGGCCUCCAGGACCAAUAAAGAGAUCAAAGAGAUAAAGAAAGCCUAUAAGGAAGAAUACAAAAACGAGCUGGAGAAUGACAUCAAGUCUGAGACAGGUGGAGACUUCAGCAAUGCUCUGCUCUCGCUCUGCAAGGCUACUAGGAAUGAGGACACCAUAGUGAACCAGGAACUUGCUGACAGUGAUGCCAAGGCCCUGUAUGAGGCUGGAGAGAAGAAGAAGGGAACAGACUGCUCUGUCUUCAUAGACAUUCUGACCACCAGAAGUGCUCCUCAGCUCCGCCAAGGUGAAUAUGUGAUGGCACAGCUCUAUUACUCCAAGUACAGUAAGGUGGAUGUCACAAAGGCUAUUGACCUGGAACUGAAGGGAGACAUUGAGAACAGACUGAUCUCUUUCAGUGAGUGUGCUGGAAGCAAGCCUGCUUUCUUUGCUGAGAGACUCAACUUGGCCAUGAAGGGUAAAGGAACCUGGGUCAAGAUUUUGACCCGGGUCAUGGUGAGCCGGUCUGAAGUGGACAUGGUCCGGAUCAAACAGGAGUAUAAGAAGACGUUUGGGAAAACCCUCUACCAGGAAAUUCUGGAUGACACCAACGGAGACUAUGAGAAGAUCCUACUGGCCCUGUGUGGAAUUGACAGCUAACUUUCUCUCCUAUCUCUCCUAGCGAGAAUGGCAUUAGUGCCAAUUUAGAAUACUGUACAUGAUUAAACAUUCCCCUCCAAUGCCUCAAUGUGCACUUCCCAAAUGCAAAAUAUAAUGGUUAAUGACAGAUAUCUGAAAAGGCAGUCCUGAUGUAUUUUCGCUACAUGCUAACAGCAAUAAGCACAGUUAGCAUGUUAAGCAGCAAUGCAUAAUUUACCCUAGCUUCAGCAGACUUGGUGAUCCAUUCCAUAGUGCAAUAUAUCGCACACUUAACCAUUUGUGUGCCACGAAUGUACAGUGGCAUUGUUCCUUGGUUGGAUAACUGGUCCUUUGUGAAAAUAAAGCUUUUUAUGUGGA